GUUUUGUUAGAGAAACCUUAUGAGCUUCCUACCCAGGCAGCAUUUGUAGGCGUCAUGUGACAUUAUCUGUCUACCUUAACCGCGUCUGAGGCACAUUAAAAUGCUGUCUGCUUAGGCAGCUCGCUUGGUUUUUAAACCAUUUCAAUUACUUAUGUGUCGUGUGUUAUUUUUGUCUUUUAUGUUUAUUAUUUUUGUCCAUUAUCUAUAACCCACAUGUUCGGAGCAGAGCGCCUGCGCUGACGCGUCUGUAAUAAACGCCGACAACAGUCUCGAGGAAAACUCCUCCCUGUUGACAACGCGCCGCUCUCACAAGCGCAAUGGUCUCCUGGAUUAUUUCUAGGCUUGUGGUGCUCAUAUUUGGCACCCUUUACCCGGCAUACUCCUCAUAUAAAGCUGUUAAAUCAAAAGAUGUGAGAGAAUAUGUGAAAUGGAUGAUGUACUGGAUAAUAUUUGCACUUUUUACUACAGUUGAAGUGAUUACUGAUAUCUUUUUGUGCUGGCUCCCAUUCUACUAUGAACUCAAAAUCGCCUUUGUGGUGUGGUUACUUUCCCCGUACACAAAGGGAUCCAGUGUGCUGUAUAGAAAAUUUGUCCACCCUACACUGUCCUCCAAGGAGAAGGACAUCGAUGAAUACCUUUGCCAAGCAAAAGAUAAAAGCUACGACACCCUGAUGCAUUUUGGAAGGAAAGGUCUGAAUGUGGCGGCAACAGCCGCAGUAAUGGCUGCCACUAAGGGCCAAGGCGUUCUCUCCGAGCGACUCCGCAGCUUCAGCAUGCAGGACCUGUCAUCUUUCCAGGCAGAGGGCCAGGCAAAGAAUGCAAGUUCUGUAACUACUCAACCUGCAGCCACGCAGCACAGAACACGCACCAUGAUGCGCAGCAAAUCAGAGACGGGUUACAGCAAGGGCCAUGAUUUUGACAUGACCGAAUAUGAGAUGUUGAACUUGGAGCAAUAUGCCCCCAUUGAGACUCCUGGUCCGCUGACACCUACACCUACACCGGCCCCAUCCCAGCCCACUCUGUCUCAACCUGAGCCCACGACUCCUGAAUCCUUCCAGGAUAAAUCCGCAUCCCAACCCGUAGCCUCAGAGGAGCCUCAGGAGGAGGAAUUUGCCUCAUCUGCUUCAGUCCAAUUCAGAUUUAAGAGGCGUGCCCCUGAGCCUCCUCCUAGAAUCCUAAGACCAGUCACCCGAUCCAGAUCAAAGAACACCCUCUCUUCAGACACUGAAGCCAUGUGACUGUGCAAAUGCUCCGAGAGCGCUUUAGCUGUCUAACCUGCAACACGAGGAGACGCAACAAGAGAAGGCAGAGAGAGAGAGAAAAAAACGGAAUGCAGCCAAAAUGUUGAAAUAUUCAAAAGCAGCCUUGCUCUGUAAUGAGGUAACCAAAGCGAUGAGCAAACUUUCGCUUCUGAUCUUUGACACUCAAGGGGGAGGGGAUUCACUUAGGUAACACAUUCAUGUGCAUACUGCUGCUCUGAGAUUCUUUGGGGGUUAUUAAAAUUAUUUUGUAUAUAUUUCUGUUAUGUUUGAGUGUAGACUGUUUGAUUUCUUGGUGUGAUUUUGGGAGAAACAAAUGCAUGCAUGUCCCUCUGGGUCACCCAACCAUAAUCACUUCACACAGUCAUAAUACUUACUGUCUAUGAGCAUAUUUUAUUUUUAGGGGGACUACACUCAUUUUGGAUCGCCCAAAGCCCCCUUAACAACUACUGAGUAGCAAGGUGUUUCCGAAUCAGCCUUUCUUAGAGCACUAGUUCUUAGUGAAAAAGUUCUGCACUGAUGUGGUAGGUGUGUUUGACAUUGCAUUGCAUUUAUUUCAUAAUUUACGUAUCAAUAAAUGCAAAGGAUCAUCUGUACAUAGGGAGUUUUUAAUAAAAGCUUUAAUAAAAGGUAUUAACCACAAUACCUGACAUGAUUUAAAAUAGAUGGACAAAGUGCAAUGAAUUUUACACUUCUUUAAAGCUUUCAAUAGUUCAGCUAUAAACUUAAAAUAUUGUGCUGUAACUUCAAAUAUUAGAUAUUAGAUAGUUAAUCAAUAUCCAUCGUGUUAAAAAUGCACUAGAAACUUUCCUAGACACAAAGAGUUAAUAGGUUGAUAUUUGUUUAUGGAAAUUCUUACUUUAAUUUUUUUAGUCAUGUACAGUAUUUUUAUCAUUUCAAAACUCUGCACUGUUUGAUCAACAAGUAAUCUAAAACUGAAUAUUUUCUGUUAUUUCCUAGCUGGCUUCUCAAACGUCUUCAGUUGCUUGAUGUUGCAUGUAUUCACGUUGACAGUUUGAAUGUGUCUCACAUUUUUGGCCUCCGCUUUCUGAACGUGUUCAGUAUUAAAGUACCUUAUCAGAGAUGAAGCAGGCAUUAGUGGUGAUUUGGUACAACACAAAGCUGGUCCUUUAGUCAGUGUAGUCAUUUUACUUUUGUAGCAGUUACACAAUAUGAGGAGAAAAAGUGUCUGAAAACACUGCAAAACUCACAGUUUGCUGUUGUAUCAUUCCUGUGUUGAAGUAACUAUCAAAACACAUACUGUAGCUGAAUCUUAGAACAUGCUAUAUUUAGAAAGCUUUCACAAUGUGUUUUAUACUGUGAAAAUGAUGACAAUCCUAAUCUCAUAAACGUUUUGUCAGAUGACAGAUUUUAUGUAUUUGAGAUCUUGUAGCUGUUCUAAAGAUUAUAUCAAACUUCACAGACAAAAUAUCUGGCUCAGGAACUGUUUUUGUCAUUUUAUCACAAUUUCAUUUAGACUUGUGAUUAUAUUAUCUUCAGUGUAAACUUAAAAAGUCAUUGGAAUAGUGAUAAUCUGGUUGGCUUUGUGUUUCCAGUAUUUACAGUGAGAUUAAAAUGCAGCAUUUUCUCUAUGUGAAAUGGUAUGACUCUGUGUGGAACCAUCUUUGGCCUUCUUCAUCAUAUAAAAACAUCUGACUGUUGCUUCUUUGAAUAUUCAGGUCAUUAAAGGCACAACCUUUGAAAUUUCAUACUAUGUGAAAAGCAGUUUAGUUGUGGAUUUAGGUGUUCUGUCAUUCAGCUAUUUAUGAACUUAGCCCAUUUUAAUAUCAACAAAAUGGUGUAAAUUAUGAAUCUCUUGGAGUACCAUCUGGAUUGUCAGUUUUUGAAUAUGAAAGUGAGGCAUAGAUAUGCAUGCUUAAUCAUGUCGGAUGAAGAUGUGUUUUUAAAUUCAGGGACUUAAGUAGAGGCUGCGCCUUUAAAGACUUAAAAAGUCCUGGCUAGCUGUUAAAACCAUUUGAAACUGAACAGUCAUGUAUUUUUGAGUUGUGUGUGCCAGGUUGUUCAGAUUAGGAGAGUCAAAAUGUCUUUUCACUAUCCUCUUAAAUCAUAACGGCUUGCAGUAUCUCCAUAAAAAAAAAUAUUUCCAUAUUCCACAGCUGUCAUAUCUGGCAGGCCAGAAUAUACUGUCUCAUUGUUCAAAGUCCUUUAUUGAAUAAAUCUUGAGUGAUAAAGACAGAAGUUGAUGUUAAAGAGUGAAAUGUUCUCUGUUUAAAAACAAUGUAUUGGCAUUCAGCAAUUAAAAGGUGAAUGUGAAA